UUAUUUAAUUUUUUCAUUUUUCAAAUCUCUUUAAAAACUUUGUAUUGGAGAUCCCUAAGGGAUCCCACACUGAAUCACUGAAUCAUGUGCCUUCACGGCCAUUUGUCACCUAAUCGCGCGUGGGAAAGAAAGGUAGGACGUUCCGUUUCCCCACCUCUACUUCCCCUCUUUAACCCUCUCCAGACGUCGUCUUCUCGACUGUUCCACCAUCUCUCCCUCCCGCCGCCGCAGAUCAAAGGUUCAACGACAUGAGCUACUACAACCAGCAGCAGCCCCCUGUUGGCGUCCCCCCUCCGCAAGGCUAUCCUCCGGAAGGAUACCCUAAGGACGCCUACCCGCCGCCGGGUUAUCCGCCGCAGGGAUACCCACCUGCCGGCUACCCGCAGCAGGGGUACCCGCCGCAAGGAUACCCUCCGCCCUACGCUCACCCGCCGCCCCAGCAACAGAGCAGCGGCCCUUCCUUCAUGGAGGGAUGUUAACGAUCUCGACCUUUAAUCUUUGUAUUUUAGAUUCCGUUUGUUCUCCUUGAGCAUAUCCGUUAAGGAUCGGUCGAGCUUUAUCUUUGUGCGAUCUUCCCACGGACACCAGAUCCGCCUAUCCGCCGGCCGCUGCGAUCUUGAUCAGAUCCACGCGGUCUCACGGUGGAGGUAGUGGCUGCGAUGGGGGAUGCGCGCUAUGGUCAACCAGGUAGGUGCGGUUGUGGUGGCGUGUCGGUUUUCGUCGCACGUUUCAUUAAAUUUGUCUAUAGAAAUCUUACUCCUCCGUUUGAUUUUUCAAUAGAACUGGUAUUCAAUCUUCGAAUUUGGCUGUAGCUUCGAAGGUAUUUUAGUGAAGAACUACUUCUAUUAAACUAACACAUCUCUAAUCACUUUUUCUAUCGGUUGUGUGAUUGUCGCAGUUUGGCCGCUCUUUGUUGCUGCUGCCUCCUGGAUGCUUGCUUUUGAUUUGGGAAUUUGAAUUUGGAACUCGCAAGUCUAGUCCUGUUAUCUUCUUUUCUUCAACAAACCCUUUGUUACCUUCUAAUUGAAUCAUUUUGGUAACUGUAAACCUCGGAUGUUAGAACCCAAUUUCAAUUGGUUUUCAUAAAAGUACUGCAAUUUGACUGUA